CCGACUAGGUCCUCGCCCCCUCAUGAAUAUGCAGAUAGACUGCCCGCCGCGCACGGCCCCGCCCUCACCCUUCUCCCAGCGCAACAGACUCUCCCUUCAAACGGGAAACAAGAUGGCGGCGGCAGGUCCGAGCACUCGGGCUUCUUCCGCGGCAGCCACAGCGGCUCUGAGUCGGCGGGGCCGGCGGGGCCGCUGUGACGAGAUGGCGGCAGUGAAGCCCGGGGUUCCGGGGCCGGUCUCUAGCCCCGCGCUGUUAGUGUUGCCGCCACCGCCACGGCCGGAGGACUCGGGCUGCGCCGGGUGUCUGGAGACCCCGGGAGAAGUGGCGGCCCUAUCGUGCGGCCACUCGCGGUGCCGAGGCUGCGCCUCACGCGCGGCGGGCCCGGGCUGCCGUCGCUGCCGUCCCCGGGGCUCGGGCUGGGCCCGCCGUCGGGCCCGCGACGACGGUCAGGCCGCCGCGGAGCUGCUGGUAGAGCGCGCCCGUCGCGGACAGCCGGAGCGCUGCCGCCCGCGCCGGGACGGGGGCGCGGCCGCCGCGGGGCCCAGGCCGGACCCGGAGCCGCGCGCCGAGCCAGAGUUUAUAUUCAGAGCACCAAUCAAAUUAAGCAAGCCUGGAGAACUUCGUGAGGAAUAUGAAUGCCUAAGAAAGCUGAAAGAAGAGAAAUUACAAGAAGAAAAAACAUGUGAAGAUCAGACCCACAAGAUACUGCAGGAGGAUUCAGAAAUGGGGAAAAGGAAAAUGGAUAAACAGAAAAAAAGAGAUGAGCCAGUAGUGUUGAGAACAAGUCUGGAGCAGUGUCCUGCACGUCUCUCAGAUUCAGAGAAUGAAGAACCCUCUCGGGGCCAAAUGAUACAGACGCAUCGCUCAGCCUUUGUUUCCAAGAACAGCUCCUACUCCUUAGCUUUCCUGGCAGGGAAGCUUAACACCAAGGUGCAGAGGAGUCAGAGCUGCAGUGACACAGUUCAGGACAGAGUGAAAAGCAGGCUCAGAACAGCUCCACCCAACAGAGCCAAGGUCACAACUAUAACUCCAGGCUCUGCUCCCAUUAUUGGUGUUCUCUUGUCCAGUCAAAACAACCGCUGCCUCUCAGCCCCUGACUUAACUGUAGAAAAGCGCCUGCCCUUCAGCUCCCUUUCAUCCUUGGCCUCAUUGCACAAGCCAGAGCGCUCUAUCAGCCCUGAAAGCAACGACAGUAUCUCUGAAGAACUAAACCACUUCAAGCCCAUCGUCUGCUCACCAUGCACCCCUCCCAAGAGACUCCCCGAUGGCCGCGUGCUAAGCCCUCUCAUCAUCAAGUCUACACCACGCAACCUGACCAGAAGCCUGCAGAAGCAGACUUCCUACGAGGCUAGCCCACGGAUCCUCAAGAAGUGGGAGCAGAUCUUCCAGGAGCGACAGUUCAAGAAGACCCUUUCCAAAGCCACUCUCACAUCCCUGGCCCCUGAAGGAGGGGAAGAGUUACCAGGCUCUGAAGCUAUCCAUUCCAGCAAGGAGAGGCCACCUCUGGCUUUAAGUACCAGACUGUCCAGGGCCCAGGUGCUCUCAGAGUGUGCUGGGCCCACCUCCACUGCCCUUGAGUAUUUCCCUUCUGUUAACCAGACAAAAAUAGAACAGGACUACAUUAGAAAAAGGAGCCACGAGGUCCCGCUGGAAACCUGCCAUUUCUCAGAGAGAGGAAUAGCCAGUGGGCUGCCUUUGCAAGGGGAGCAGUUUGAGGAGUCAAGGUCCACCCUAGACACCACAUUAGACAAAACUUGUAUAAGCACAGUCAUGAAGACCUCGGCAGUUAAUUCAGUGCUACCCAAAAAUGAUGUUUUGGGUGGGGUUCUCAAAACAAAGAAACAGCUGAAGACACUUGGCCAUUUUGAUCUGGCUAAUGGCAUUCUGGUUGACAGCCUAGGAGAGGAGCCAAUUCCUUCUCUGCGUAGGGGCCGGAAAAGGCGCUGUAAGACCAAGCACUUGGAACAAAAUGGUGUUAAAAAACUGCGACCACCCAGCAGUGACAUGGGCCUGGCCCCCAAAGACCCAGGGCUGGGUGAGGUGGGGCAGAAAUGGCAGCAGGAGGAAGAGGACCAGCCAAUGGCUCUGCAGUCACAGCGCAUAUUUGACAGCGAGAGGCGGACUGUGAACCGGCGGAAAGGAAACAUGGACCAGUAUCUCUUACGGUCCAGCAGCCUGGCUGGGGCCAAGUAGCACUGAGUGUACAGUGUAACAUUACCUGCUUUUCAGAGGCCCUUGCCUCAGUCAUUUAUCCAAGAGAGCUAGCUGAAUGUUCUCACUUCGAGUUUCUUUCAAUGGCAAAACACUGUCCAGUAUGGUUCUGAGAUGCUUUGGGGCCUUGGUAAUCAAAGCCAAGAGUCUGCAUCUUUGUCUCUCUAGGACCUGGGCCUUACUCCUCACCCGCUGAGUGGGCCAACUCUGAAGGCUUCUGGGCCCAAAUCUGGCAGCACCCACUUGGAAUGAGAUUGGGAAUGGAUACAUUUGUGAACAUGAUGGCCACAGAGAAGCAGGGAGAGGGUCCCUUCUUACACUCAUAAGGCUUCUUACAACAGAGCAGUGUUUAAGGCAGCCUUGCAGAAAAACAUCCACUCUUCUGACAAGCAGUGCAGUGCUUUGGAAGGUCCGAGAUAAAUAGGUGAUCAUGUUUGUCUUUGUCUCCCCUUUGCCACAAAUAACUCUACAUACUUAAAUCAGUUGAGCUUAGAACUUUUGCUUCUCCAGAGGUUAAUUAUAUUCUCUGUUUAAACUAUGACAUUUGAUUGAUGCUGUGUGAUUGACACCUGGUCUUCCUGAGACCUAACUUGUAAGUGGUGUCAGCUGGAUGAUGAAGCUGCAGUGCAGGCCAUCUGGUUCUCUCAGCUGCCAAGUGGUGUAGCUCAGGCUGACCAUUGUGCUGCCCCCUGGCCACAAAUCCCAUGGAUUCUCCACUAUCACAGGGUGCCCAAAGGAAACAGAACCCACGGGGAAGCCAGGGCUACCUAGGGAGACCGGCUAGGCAUUGAGUGUGACAUUGCAAAGCCCACCUAGAAACAAUUAACAUUGCUGAGAUUGGACCAUUGCUGAGAUGUAGUGAUUUCACCCUCCCCGUUUACAGACUCCUGUUUUCCCAGGAGUCCUAGCCUAUGAGAUGAACUAACUUUAAGGCUUCUUUACUUCUUUCCACGUGGCAAUGGCUAUCUGAAAUUUUGGUCUGAAAAUCAGGAAAAACUUGCCCCAAAGUUAGGCAAGGGACAAUAUUGAGACUCCAUACUGUGGAAGUAAGGUAUCUAGCUGGAUGCAGCUGGUGAAUUCAGUCCCAUGGACCUUUGGGGUUUAUUUUUCUUAGCAGCUGACACCAUGUGUCUUUUGCAUCCCUGGUGGUGCUUGGUGCUUCUGCCCUUCUGGGCUCAAUGAGAAUAAGGAUUGUGAUAUGAUUUAGGGACUCUCAGGUGGGCUGGUGUUCCCUGUGUCUGUAUCAGCUGUUACCAUAGUCAUGUGGAAGAAACCUUCCAGGGUGUCUAUGCUGUCCCCCUUGAAAGGUCCCAGCAGGGUACUGCAUAGUUCUCCAGUGAAGUUGCCUUUGAUCGGAAUGUUUUUGAAGCAUUCAAAGUCUAGAAGUAGCUAGAACUACAGACUCCUUCCUCAGCACUGAGGGAGGUCACCGGUAGUGCUGUUUCCUCAGGGCAGAUGUCGGGCUUUUGGGAUUCUAGAAGAGAGAACUUCAGAUCUGGAAUGAGCCCAGAGUGGUUGAAGCUUCUAGGAAGGUGGGAAGGAGCACAUGGUGUCCCAAGCAAGGUGUCCCCUUGAAGCAGGCAGAGAUACUUUCUCUGCAGCUCAUAGCUGACUAUUCCCAGGGAUGCUGGAUGUGUGUGGCCAUCACUAAGAAAGGUGGCUUCACAGCUGCUCUGGUGGGGACCUGUGUGUGGCCCCAGGUGUGGGUGUAUGUUUUAAAAACAUGCAAUAGUCUCAUUACUUUAUAUUCCUAACAUUUCUCUUUAAGGGCUGCUAGAAGGUGUACCAAUGUCCCAAAUAAGAGAGCUGGCCCUGGUCUGCAGAUGCAAGGAAGAUUCAUUAGAGAAGACUUUGAAAUUUCUGCCAUUUCAUAUAUUUCCUUUAUGACCUUGGUAAUUAUUAUUGGAAAGAAAGCUAGUCUUAACUGGGUAGUAGCAAAGACACUUAUUUUUCCACAUGCCACCCUUUUAUAUGUCACUAAUCAUUAGAAAAACACUUUCAGUUGGAAUUAAUUUUUGGUUUUGGUAAAAAAAAGAUAAAAUAUUUUAAUAGAUGAAAAAUAUAUUUUUUAAAUAUCUCCUUACCCCUAGUUACUACUGAUUUUAAGAGUGUAUAGCAGUGGCAACAAGUGCAGGCUGCAGGUGCAGUGUUGCUGCUAAGUGAGUAUUGCAGACACUGGGCUGGGCUGUGGCUGUCCCUGUGCACCCCAGUGAGACCCAGGCUGCUGUACACAGUGUUGUUCCCCACGCUUCCUGCUGAGCAGUGGUCCUUGCAGUAGAGGCAGAGCAGUUUAUCUUGAGGAGGAAGGUUUACCCCUUAGUCCACUUAGCUUUGAAGAUGGAAAAGCUACCAAAGUGCUGCAUGCGAGAUACUCCCACAUCUGGUCUCUAAACCUGUUUCUGAAAACUUCUGUUUCAGUGCUUUACUGAAGUCCUUUGCAAGUACAGUUGUUGACUGGAUUCCUAACGAGUAAAGAGACAGGGAAAUAGGAUGGUUGGGAGGGUUGGUGCGCUGGAGUGAAAGAUACUAUUCCACAAAAUAAAUGCUCCUCACAAGUCACUGUAGUUCUGUUCACCCUGGAAUUGCCCACACUCUGCUGUGUUCCUUUUGUAUAUGCGUUCUGCUUGUUUUCUUAUUAAAGAGGAAAUUAUGAG